UUUGACCUGGUACGUUUUGACCUGCAACUGUUAGAAAGUGAAUUCUAAAAUGUUAGUUAAACUAUCAUCUGAAAAUUAAAAACAUAAUAAAUAAGAACACAAUUAUUAAACAGAAAUGAUGCAGGAUGUAUUAUCACACGUCAUUUUUCAUUACAAACACACAAUUUUCUGAAAGCUUUGCUCCAUGUUUCUCGAUAAUAUUAUUCCCGUACUAACUUCUUCACGGAAGAGUAUUCAAGCGGUGCGAGUGACACCUCAUCAAACAGAUUGUUGAUAAUUAUUGAAUUUUGUUAAAAUUCUUCUCAUCAGUAAGAGACCAUGUCAGCAAGAGAGACAACUGCUGUAGUUGUAGUUAUGGGGUUAUUGGUGGGUUAUAUUUCCUGCCAGGGAGCCCAUCCCCCAGGCAUUCCCCCUCCUGUACAGAACAUGCAGCAGGGCCAGCCUCAGCAUGGACAACAUCAGCAGCAGCAGCAUGGAGGUCAUGGAGGUCAUGGACAACCCCAACAGUUUGGGGUUAACUCUCAUGAGGCAGAGCAUAUCAAGGAGCAUCUGAAGGAUGUAGUGGAAAAACCAAAGGAGGAGAUGUCUGAUGAAGAGCUGGAGUUCCACUACUUCAAGCUUCAUGACUACGAUGGCAACAACAAGCUGGACGGUGUGGAGAUCACCAAGGCUAUAACCCACUUCCAUGAAGCUAAAAGUAAGACAGCAGAAGAAGGUGAUGAGGAGAAAGUAGCCAACUCUAAAGUGUUCUCUGAUGAGGAAAUAGCAAAUAUUGUAGACAUGGUGCUUAAAGAGGAUGAUUUAAACAAUGAUGGUUAUAUAGAAUACGUGGAGUUUGUAACAGCCCAGCGUAAGGCCCGAGGUGGAAGCUAGGUUCUACAUCUCCAAUCAACCUCAUCGCCCAAUCUCUUGUCAUCCCUCAACAUUGUGUGUGAUACCAAAUCUUCAUCAUCUUUAGCAGAUCAGGCUGCAACAUGUACUUGGUCAUUCCUACUUCCUGUUUUAAAUUUGUUAAGGAACUUGAGUGUUCCAAAAACUUUGGCCAUCUUACAGGCAUGUUUGAUGACAGAAAAAUGAAAGACAAUUGUAAAAACCACAUUGUGUAAAAACCACAUUGUGUAAUUUACAAAAUUUUCAGUUUGAUUUUAAUUGUGAUUGUUAACACAUUUUUAAUGAUACUUCACAUUAAUCAGUAACUUAACUAAAAAAUUACCAAAUGUUGCAUUUAUAGUAAGAUGCAUGGUUUUUGAUUGUUCAUGUAUAUUAUUGAGUACAGUUGAUUGUUUGUUGAUUAAUUUAUUACCAGUAUAAUAUCUUUACAUAUUAACUUCAUUAAAGCCAAUAUUGAUAGAUUUUCCAUUAGGUACCUAGUCAUUUUUGUUGUCGUAAGUGAGGGUUUUUUUUCAUUGAAAAUAUGUUUUUAAAUAGAUCUGACAAUUUCUCAGAAUAUUCCUUAAUCUUCUCAUACAAAUGGUAUUCGGACGGUCUUACAGGUGAGCAUGGUUAAGUGGUUAAGGCGUAUGGCUCUUGCCCAAGAAAUUGUGGGCUCGAUCCUCACCAGGAGUCAUUUCUCAUAACCUCUCUAAAAGGACAUCAGUACUGGUUUCUGUGCGGGAAAAAGACUCGAGAGUGAUUCAUAUCAGCUCACUGAUGUCGUCAGAAUCACUAAAACUAAUUUGUAUGAACUGAACUAAUGUAGUUAUAUUUCUUACUUUACAUUUAUUAAAAUCAAAUAUACAAGUUGUAUGAAAAUGAAUCAAAAGUGGCAUUUUGAGGUUCUUACAUUAUCUUUGAAAGCUUACAUCUUAUUUGUUACAUGUUGGUGUUAUGGGUACUAUAUUUUGUGUUUGUAUUUAUUGUUGUUUUUUAACCAGUAAAGGGUUCAUGUUUUACUUUGGCGCUGUUUCUAGUCUGAAAAUAGAUAAUAAAAGUUGCUUUCUGUGAGAAAGUCAGAUAAAUCACUGAUGACAGUCAUUAUUAAUUAAAUUUACGAUUAUCCAUUGCUGCAAAACAUUUAUCAAUUAACAGGUUAAAAUAAGUGUAACAGUCAGUUUGAACUACUUUUGUAGACUAAAGUUCAUGUACUUCUUGGUUUGUUUUAAGAUUGUAUAAAGGUCUGCCCAUACCCACUGGCUGCAUCAGGGCUUGUCCCAUAAAUUCUUGUAGUAUUGCAGCUUUCAGAAAUUGCUAUGCAGUGAAAAACAAUUUAAAAUAAAAUAUUCAAAUAAUUGGACUAGUUUUGUGCUUCAAGAUGAAAUCCAUUGUGUUUUGUUCAUUCCCUUGUGUAUUAAAAGAAGAUAAUAAGUUCCACUGAUGUUUACUAGAUCUAGAAAGUUCAAUGAUAUAUUAUUAUAGACUGUUAUUGUGCAUGAAUGGGUUAGUCUGUAAAUGUUUAUGAGAGCUGUAGCCAAUUGUAUAACACUGGUUAAUUUAUCAGCAUAUUUUGGAUAGUUUCCAUGUAGAAGCUAUUUGAUUGGUCAACAGUUAUUACACGAGGAGUUUUGACCAAUCAAUAAAGAUUCUGGCUAACUUUGACCAUACCAAAAAAUAACUAGUCUUGUACAAUUGACUACUGAUUAAUACUAGUAUAUAUAUAUAUUGUUUAGAUACCAUUUGCAUCUAUUAUAAAUAACCAGAUGGCAGCAUUACACAACUGUUUUUCUGUACCUGCUUUAAUUUUAAAUCAGAUGUUGAUUAUAGACGAUUGGUUUUAAAAAUGGAAAUUAAGUCUAAAGUUCUUAAAAUCAGGCGAUAAGUCUUCUCAUUAGCUUUUGACAUUUUUUGCUGAAUUUUGCUGAAUUUAGCCCUUGUAUAUAACUGGUUGAUAACAUAAGACAUUCAUUGGUGAUUUUGAAAUACAGCAUGCUUAUGUUUUUUAAUAUUUUCAUCUGAAUCUUCCAAUAUUUGGUGCUGGUAAUAUUCAUUUCAAUCACCGACACACAUAUACAUGCAUGAGUUUUAUUCCUUAUUAUUUUAGCAAUGCAUGUAUAACAUACUGUUAUAUAUAUACAAUAUUUUACUUGAAGCUCUGUAUAAAACAUCUCUUCAGUGUGUUUUCUGAGCAUUCACAUGUGUGAUUUUGUGACUUGCAUUAAAUAUCCAAAUAAUUUCCGACACUUAAAAAAUCUUACGGUCCAUUUCUUACGGUGCAUUCCAGGGAUGAAAGAUGUGUUUUUAGUUGUCCAUGUGUCUUGUUUGCUCAAUGUCAUUCUGGAAUACAUAAGUGUGUCGUGUUUCCUUCUUGUUUUAUAUUGUCUGUAUAUGUGAUUGUAGAUAGAUAUAUUUAAAAGAUAAAAAUUGGUUACAAA